AUGGCGACCGAACUGAACAUUGAGACCUAUCCCGGCAACGUUAUCAACAAUAAAUUCGUCGCAACGGCUUCCACUAAGCACUCAAUCAACCCUGCCACUGGCGAAGCUCUAUUUGAAGUGCCCGUAGCAUCGCAAGACGAUCUCAAUGAAGCAGUUAAACAUGCAAAGGAAGCAUUUAAAUCGUGGUCGCAAACCACCUUCUCAGAGCGCUCCAAGCUUAUGCUCGCGUUUGCCGACGCUGUCGAAAAGCAGCGUGAGCAUGUCGAAAAACUCUUGACCAUGGAACAAGGCAAACCAAUUGGCUUGUCAAGCACCGAGUUGACCAUGGCGAUACAGUGGCUUCGCACUUUUGCCACUAUGCAAGUAAAGGAUGAAGUUCUUCAGGAAGAUGAUGAAAAGGUUGUCUAUGAAACUCAUCCCCCGAUCGGAGUUUGCGGAGCCAUUAUCCCUUGGAACUGGCCUGUCUUGCUCGGCUUAGGCAAAGUUGGACCAGCUCUCAUGACAGGCAACACAAUCAUCAUGAAACCCUCCCCGUUUACUCCAUACUGUGACCUUAAACUCGGCGAAAUCGGCAUGUCCAUCUUCCCACCAGGCGUGUUCCAGGUCUUGAGCGGCGACGACAAUCUCGGUCCCCGGAUGUCAGAGCACCCAGGCAUCGACAUGAUUUCAUUCACUGGAUCUAUUCCGACUGGCAAAAGGGUGGCAGCCAGUUGCGCCAAAACUCUGAAGCGUUGUGUCUUGGAACUAGGCGGCAAUGACGCAGCCAUCGUGUGCGAAGACGUUGACAUUUCCAAAUGUAUGCCCAAGAUCGCGACCCUCGCAUUCAUCAACUCGGGCCAGAUCUGCAUGUGCAUCAAGCGACUCUACAUACACGAAAAAAUCUACGAUGCUUUCAAAGAGGCAAUGGUCGACUUUACAAAGAACAACAUUAAGACAGGUGAGGGCUUUGAGCCCGACGUAGUUGUUGGUCCGAUCCAGAACAACAUGCAGUUUCAGCUAGUCAAGCAAAUGUAUUCCGACGUAGACGCUCGCGGCUACAAUGUGGCUCUCCCUGGCAAGGUUCGGGAGGGCUCAAAGGGCUAUUUCAUCGAACCUGCGAUUGUCGACAACCCGCCAGAUGAUUCCAGCAUCGUUACUGAAGAGCCAUUUGGCCCCAUCGUCCCAAUUCUGAAGUGGUCCUCGGAGCAAGAUGUGCUUCAGCGAGCCAAUGCCCUCCCAACCGGGCUUGGGGCGUCUGUAUGGAGCAAAGAUUUAGCACGAGCCGAGAGAAUGGCUCGUCAAUUGAGUGCAGGUAGUGUAUGGGUCAAUUCUCACUUUGACGUGGCCCCCAAUGUUCCGUUUGGAGGACACAAGGAGAGCGGUAUUGGUAUGGAAUGGGGCAUGAACGGCCUCAAGAACUUCACCAACACCCGAAGCUUGUGGGUUUGGAAGAAGGUGUUUGAGUAA